CAGGCUUGAGCCACCGCGCCCAGCCUGUAACGGAUUCUGUAACAGCCACAGCACCAGUGAGGGCCAGCGACAGAGGCUGCUUUCACACGUUCUAUUCCAGGCCCAAGCCAAUCUUUCUAACUUCUAAUUUAUAAGGAGCUGAAGGUUUCAAGUAGCAGAAGUAGCUGGGCAGGGGACAAGCGAUGCUGUCAUUUGGGUGCUUUUAUCAGAGUCUGAAGAGGGGAGAGUCCGUCAGCAAUGCUAACUCCUCCGUCACUCCUGGGGCUGCAGCCUGCCAUGAGAACCCGAGCUCAGAACCCCUCAUAGGGGCAUGCUUUGCUCUGGGGGUUCUGGGGAGACAGGGGAGAGGCACUGCCCCUCCUACCUAGCCUGGUGACGAGGUAGCGGACACUCAGAAUGUACUUUUCUGCCUCUUAAGGGUCACACAAACUUACAGCUUUCCACGUCUCCAAGCUUCUGGGCUGGGAUGAGUCGUCUGGGAGGACUUGGAGAAUCCCAGUUCCUCGUCCGGUCAGACAUGUGCAUUAAUCUGACAAACUAUCACUUUUCUUGGCUUAAAAAGGCCCAAAUCGCUACUAGUUUGUGGGUGAGGGGUCACUUAAUCCAGUCAUCCUGAUCUAACAAGACUUUUUCCCUCUCAGCUUUAGUGUAAAAGUUGCAAUCUGGUCUUGGAUUCGCACUCCUGGGGUGGAGUCUUAUCUCCUCCGUCCCGUUAGAGCCGUGUGAUGGCAGGUGCGUAGUUACCUCGCUUCUGUACGCCCAGUGUCCCAGCAGAAUGGAGAUAGCAGUGGAAGUUGGAAGCAUUAUGAGGCCACUAACCCACUCUCACCCCCAAACUGUCAUUCCUUCUGAAGCAUCCUAAGAGUAAGGAGACAGGAAGCAGAGAACACCCCACCAGCCCACCAAUUUCACACAUUGCCACCAGCACCAUCACCGCUUUUGAACUGCCGGGCUCCAAACUCAGAAGUCUGAGUGUCCAAGUGUUCGCUGAUUUUUCUCCAUAGCCUGCCUCUCCAGCUGUGACCCCCAUAAAUGAUAUUUGAUACCUCCCCUCGCCCCACCCCCGUCCUCUCCUUCCUCACACUCCCUUCCAAUCCUCCACUUUCCAGGCACAGAACUGUGGACCUCCUGCCGCCACUGACGUGCCUCUUCCCACACCCACCCAGAGAUUCUAAAACCUGGAAUAAAACACAUUGUGGGGGAGCUUUCAGUAUCUUAGGACCUCACCUGUCAAGCCGAUUAACAGCCUGAGCCCACGGGCAGAGACAGGCUGGCAGGGAUGGAGGGAAGGUGCUUGUGAACUGGGAGGUUUGUUUCAAAGCUGUAUUGGGGUGGUUUGGGAGGUGCUGGUAGAGAUGAUGGAGCCCAAACCUGUCACCCCAACCCAAGCUCUGGUGAGAAGCAUUUCCCACCACCUACCAGGUUUCCUUGACUCUCCCCUGUAUCCACAGUGCAGUUCUCUGAGGCCACCAACAGUCAACAGGGGGAGGCGUUGCUGCUGCCUGGGAGACUGAGGCACUGGGGGGGAGGGCGAUGCUGUCCUGCUGUGACUGUUGGCACAGGGCACAUUUGUGUUUACCCACAUUUGAAUGUGCUUUGGAGCUCACCUGGGGCCAUAACCAUCACACACCUGGUUUCCAGCAGAAAAGCGUAUCUGAUGGGAAGUACUUUGUGGAGAUCUAAGCAGUUGAUGAUUAUCCUGAAGUAAUGCAGCGACUGCACACAUGAAACGUUGACUUUUUGAUCCAUCACUUUGCAACUGUUCAAUUAUUUAUUAAACAAACAUUUGAAUAUCGUAGGAUGUCUUCAUGUGUCUACAACCAGAAUGUAAAUUGACAGUGCAGAUUUAUCUCAUUAAUUCUGAAUCUCUGCUACAGUGAUAAAUAUAUUGUUUUGCUCACAGGAAUCAUUAAAGGGACUUAAUAUCUAAUACUUGCUAUGUAAUCAGCAUUAUAUAGCUGAAACUGAACUAUUUUGCCUGUUCAUAGAUACUUAGAUAUAAUUAAAUUCAAAUAGAAUUUGAAAGUGACUCCUCAAGGGGUGGCCAUGAACACUAUGUAAGAUUCACCGAAGGUCUUUUCUCCCCUCUCAGCUCCAGCCCGCUUUUCUCUGUGAAGCAGGAUGUGUGGGGCAGCAGAGCUAUAUUUACUCGCGGUGCCUUUCCUGCUGUCUCGAAGGCACGGGGAAGGCUACGAGGGAUUUUCUCUCAAAUGUGCAGGGCCUCCACCUAUGACUCCGGAAGGCUGCCGGCUCCCCCAGGGGGCUGCUCCUGGCUUUCGAUGGACUAAAUUAACCUCGGGCCACCGGAGCGCCAGCUGGGGGAGCCCCGGGAUGCCUGGAGCGCGCUCCGCCCUCCGCUGUCCUGGCACUUUGCUCCCAUUCAACAGUCGGUAGUGACACCAGCUGGGCACAGCCCGGGGCCUGGCAGGGCCGCGUCCUUAGCGAGCGCGCUGGGCUCCUCCUCCUGCCGGCCCGGCCCGCGUCUCAGCCGUGGGGACCCUGGGGCGCCGCGACUCGCCCACAGUCGGACGGCGGGAGGCGGUUCCCGCAGGGUCCAGUCUCGGAAGCACCGAGUCAGAGGGGAGCCCCUGGCCCCAGGAGGAGGGGAGGGUGGGAGCUCCUCUCUUGGAGUCCCCGGGUUUGGUCUCCGGGAUGUGAGGAAGCCGGAGAGGCCGCGGCGGGACGCAGGGGCUGAGGAUCCCGCGUCUCGGCAGCACCAUGCCCUUCCCUCCCGUGCAGCCGCAGACCGCCCCCGCACCGGGGGCCCAAGCCGCGCGCCACUUACCCCGGAGGCCCUGCGCCGCGGGGGACAAGAAGAGGCCCCCACAGCGGCCCGAGGGGCUCCUCUCCAGCUCCUGGCCCUCCGCCACGCUCAAGAGGCCGCCGGCCCGGCGCGGCCCCGGCCGGGACAGGACGCAGCUGCCAGUCCCUCCGGGCGUCUCCCCCCAGGCCUCGCCCUGCCGCGCGCUGAACGCAGCCACGUGCGCCCAGCCCCGGCCAGCCGGCUCCGGCCACAGCCCAGCGAGGACCACCUACGCGGCGACCUCGGCAGGGACGGGGACCACCGCCGCAGGGACCUCCUUGGGGACGGGGGCCGGUCCUGACACCGCUGCGCGCUUCUCCCUGAACCUCACCCCCGAGGCCGUCCUGGUCAUCCAGAGGCGUCAUCUGGAGAAGCAGCUGCUGGCGCGGCCUCGCAGGCCCUUCCCCUCACCCUCGGCCGAACCCAGGCGCCUACUCACUCCCUGUCCCCGGGCCAGGGCCGCGGGCCUGCGGAGGGGCGGCCCCGCCAGCGACCCCGACGCGUCCCCAGCAGCUGGCCUGGGCCGCCGCGACCCUCCGCCCCGCGCCCAGCUGCUGUCCGGCGGCCUGCAGGUUCCCCAGCUGAGCCCGCGGUCCGGGUCCCUGCGCCCGAUGCUCAAGGUGUCGCUGCUCAACGAGCGGCACAGGUACGACGACGUGGAGUACGAGGAAGAGCCGGAGGUGGUGGACGAGGGCCUGGUGCGCAAGUGCACGGAGUGGCUGCGCGGCGUGGAGUCGGCGGCUGCCGCGCGGGGCCGGGCCGGGGCCCUGGACUCACGGCGGCACCUGAGCACGCUGUGAGCCCAGCGGUCCUGCGGGGACAGGCCAGACCUGAUCCCACAUCACCUCCUGCACGCGCCACUCCGCCUGGGGACCCUCGGGGGAGACCGCAGUCUCCUCUGGCCGCCAGCGCCCACUUCCGGGACACCCGUGAGCAAGCUGGCCCGCGUGGGCCGCAGCCAGACUCACCCGACGGCCACGGCCCCCCUCCUGCCCUCACCAGCAGGCAGCCCGGGCCUUUCUCGGUCACACUGGUGGUAUCUAUCCCAGUAGCUCACCUCUGCCCCACUCUGGCCUCCUUUUGGCGUCCCCGAGUGUCCAUGCAGUUCGUGGGGAAUUAAGCAACUGAGAAAAUGCCUCUCGGCGCCCCCAGCCCCAGGGUUCGUCUAGGUCCCAGAGACCCUCUGCCUGGAGGCGGGCCUUCCCCAGGGCUACAUCUGCACCCCCUGCGGUGUCACCCUCAGCCGUUGCCGGGCACCCUGGACAGUGCGGUGGGCGAUGGCCCAGGGUAGGUGGCCGCGACGGUGGCCUCCUGCAGAGCUGAGACCCGGUGCUACAUUUGUGAUUUUUUCUCCCAAGUCAGAAAAAUGUUGAGGGUAUUAGAAUUCCCUGAAACUCAGUUAACCGAAUUUCCAGUCACCAAAGCGGAAGGGUAGGCAUCGCCAGGCGCUGGUGAACCCCGGUCAAUGAGCGCUUCCAUGGAAACCGCUUGGCUGAUUACAUUUUUUCUGUGUAUUAUUUGAAUAGAGAGUAAAGCUCCUCUGCUGUUUCAUAACCAUACCCUUUCCCCCGCUAACUGGAGGCUGAUUUCUACAUAUUUCUUCCAUGUAUCUGAGAAUAUCUAACUGGAAGGAUGAGAAGGAAAUAAAAUGUUAUAAUCAGAUAAGGCUGGUUAUAGAAGAGUAAUGUAUUACCUCAAGUUUUGACUUAAAAGCCAAUAACUGGUUUAAUGUUUAUCUUGAUAGACUUUAAAUGUAUCAAGUCCUAAUUGUAUUUUAAAUUGAAGCCUUACAUUUUUAAAAACAGAUUUUGUAUUUUUCUCGUGGAGGUCUUUGCUCUAAUCUCUCUCUCUCUCUCUCUCUCUCUUUCCCCCCCCCCCUUUCUGAUUCUAGGCACACAUUUAGUUAGAUGUGAAGCAUUUAAUUCAUUGGGAGCUAGGUCAGCUGCCAGAUAAGUUGCAAAAACAAAAACAAAAACAAACCUACCCAUUGAAUAACUUCUUUGAAUUUGGAGAUAAGUUUUCUUUUACUUGAAACGAAUAUAUUAAUACUAGAGGGGCAAAACUAGCAAUGCUUGCUGAAGUGACGAUGCUGCUGUUGUUCCACCCCCACCCAGAUGGUCUCUGAGUGCUCCAUCCUGGGCAGGGCACACAGUCUAGAGCUGAGAGGGUGGGGCAAGAGUGCACUGACUCCAAGCCGAAGGCAGGAGUGGCUCAACUUGGUCUCAUCUUGCACUUAGUGCAAAUACCAAUAAUUAAAAUGCCUAGACUUCUGCCCUUGGCCACAGUAACAACAACGUUUUGAAGACUUUUCCCUGGUGGCAUCCUAGAGGGACCGACUUUCUGCAGCCUCUGUCUUCCAAGCUGAGCUUCUGCUGCCGUGGCCUGUCACUGCACCUGUGUGUCUCCCUGAUGUCCCUGUCAGCUGCUUCAUUUUGAUUUCCUUUCUUCUCCCGCUCUUUCUCCAGGCUCCGUCCCAGCAUCUCCUGUUCUUAACUGGCCACAAUACAACACUAAGCACAUUUUUUCGUAAUUUGCAUUUAUUAAAUAGAGUUUGUAGGCCUUGUUCUCUACUUUAAAAGCAGAUGAGUGGAACAUUUAUGUUUCUCUGGUCAAUGAGCCUCAAUAAAAAACAAACAGAAAAAAAAGUUUGACACGUGACACAUGAUAUCUUUUCAUUACUGUUAAGGACAUUUUGAGAAAGUUUUCUAAGUUGCUAUGCUCCAAUUUCUUAAUGCUUAAAUAAAAGAGAAAUUCAGUGACUUGUGCUUCUUUUUGAGGAGGACACUGAAAACUGGUCAGGAAGAGACCACUGAGGGAUUGACAAUUUACAUGACAUGGUUUCUUCAGAGUGGCGCUCAACCUAAGGUUCUGUGAUUUCCAGGAGUUGACAAAGGUUUGAUGGUGUUAAUCACUACUAGAAUUUUUAAGCAUCACUACCAGGAUUUUUAAGAUAGUCAAAUACUGUAAGGUUAUUUGGCAAUGACACUUGACCUUUUAUGGGGUCACAAAUCUCCAUGAAAGCUAUAUUCCAGAAAGACUCCUAAAACCAUGUACCACAUAGCAACAAAACAUUGCAUAUAAUUUGCAUAUAUUUUAGGAAGCUCAUGGGUCCCAGGUUAGGGACUUCUCCUAUAUACACUCACUAAAAUAUUUUUUUCUUUUGCCUAAAGUAAUUUCAAACUGGGAGGUCAUACCAAUUGGAAAUUAAAGGGUCAAUUGGAAUAAUGACUAGACUAUUAGAUAACUAUUAUAUUAUUAUCAAAUUCUCCCAUAACUGUGCUGGCUCAUAGCAGGGACUGAGGGGGACUUCCACCCCAGGAGAGAAAAUUGGGUGCCACUAUGUAAGUAAAAGUAUUGCCAGUUGCAAAGGCUGAGCAUGUAUGUGCCUUAAUUCCAUCUAUUUAGAGAAUAGCUGGCACUUUAAGAUAGGUUUUUAUGUUGAUCUGCCUUAUUUCUAGAAAAGCGGAUGCCAAGUUUUCAGAACCAUUAAUUUUGGGGUUUCCCUAGAAAUUAUGCAAUUCAGAUUAGGGUGGGUGAUCUGUGGGAUCUUUGCUUUUCAGCAUGGUAAUUUCAACCAACCAUUGUAUAUCAUUCAAAGAAAGUCUGAAAAUAACAGUCUCUCUAGUAAGCAAGGACACUUGCAUCAACAGAAAUGCACCUGCAGGCCUUGGUGACCUGCGGGAAACCUGGAUUGAUGUGGUUCCCCAGCAUGGCCUCUGUCCAGAUGCUGGCUGGGUAAGGACACAGCUGUAGUGGUGGCCCCAUGGCCCGGCUUGGAGACGGAGCACCCCUCAGCCUUGCGCGGGAGAACCACACCAUGGUUCAAGGUGGGUUUUGGUGCCCUGGAGGCUGGAGCUCCCACACUGAUGCUGUCAUUUAUCCAUGUCUUUCAUUAAACUUCCAUGUCUGUUUCAUCUUCUGUCUGUGGGGAUAGUUGAACAUAGGUGACCCUGGUGAGGAUUAUGAGGCAAUAUGCAAAGCGUUCCCCCAGCUCAAGGGUAACUGUAAUUUUUACUAUUUCAAAAAAGUCUUUACUCAAAAAACAUCCUUCUCUGGCACUCAUGUGCACAUUGGAAACCCUCCCUGGUUACAGCAUUCUGAGAUUUUUAUCUUCAACCAUUUA